AUGCCCAUAAUUAACCAUGCAUCAAGGUCCGGCACUACAUUGCAAGAGAGGAGUCCAGAGGAGCCAAGCUCAAGUCAAACCACUCAGGAUGAAAAUGUUGUUGAGGUAGAAGAUGUGGAUGACGAGGAUGAGGUUCCUAAGUAUGCUAAGUUUCUAAAGGAUUUGUGCAUGAAUAAGGAAAGAAUUCAUGAUUUAGAAACUAUUCCUUUGGGUAGCUCUAUUUCUGCUUUGAUGGGUGCUAUACCAGAGAAAUGUGGUGAUCCCGUUCCAUGUAUGCUUCCACCGUUGAAAAGGUCGGCAGCCUGUUUUGUUUUGGCAGAUAAGAGCAUAAUCUCAGUGGUUGGCAUUGCGAAAGACGUCUUGGUGAGCAUUAAGGGGUUGAUUUUUCCUAUUGAUUUCUACAUUCUUGAGAUGCUCCCUAAUGACUCAGGAAGACCAUCAUCCAUAUUUCUUGGAAGGCCUUUCUUGAAGACCUCUCGGUUUAAAUUGGAUGCCUUCUUGAGUACCUACUCCUUUGAGAUUGAUGGAAGAGUAGUGAGCUUCAAUCUCAAUGAAGCUAUGAAGCAUCCACCGAAAGACCACUCUAUCUUCCAGUGUAAUAUUAUUGAUGAGAUUGUGGCUGAAAUCCACAAGGAUAUAGUGGAUGAGAGGAACAUGGUUCAAGGUGCAAGUGUGGAGAAGCUCCUUGAGUAUACUAAAGACACCUUGUCACCUCUAGAACCAAAUAUCGUCUCGCGGAUCCGAGCGAGGUAUCCGGAGGGAAAAUCUUAG